AUGGAUGGUGACUUAAAUACAUCUUCAUCCCCAGUCAGUGGUGAACUGGAGGGUGACGAACUGGAGGGUUACUACGUUAAUCUCGGAGCUCGAAGAUGGCUCGCAGCAUGGCUCGGGUCCAUUGCCGUCGUCGGGUUCUUCGGUAAUGUCCUCGUGGUUACCUGCGUCAUCCUAUAUCCGAAGCUGCGUACGAUCACUAACGUGUACCUCACUAGCCUGGCUGUCAGCGAUAUUCUGGUGAGUUUGACCAUUCCGUGGAUCAUAGUCGGAAUGGUAUCUACCAGGGGUUGGCCGUUUCCAGAUGAAACCUGUAUCAUUGUGGCUAUACUUCGGUUCACCAGCAGUGGCAGCAGUGUGUGGCACUUGGUUGCUAUUGGUUUUAACCGCAUGUUUCUCAUCACCACUUCGACGUCAACGUAUAAAAAGAUAUACAGCCGUGUUAACACUGCAAUCAUUCUUUUUGUCACAUGGCUAAUUCCUUUCUCCGUCAUUAUUGUGCCUUAUGCCAUCGGUGCCACGCAACUGGGCUAUGAUGACGGUCCCAAGCUUUGCAGUGAUCUUGAAGAUCGGCCGGACGGAACUGAAAACCUUACCCAUACCUACCUUGCCGGGACUUUUCUGACUUGUAUACCACUUUUCAUUGUAAUAUGCGUGUAUCUGCGAAUUUUCGUACACAUCAAACAGCAUGUGAGGAAGCAGAAAGCAUGGUCCUCUGGUCAACAACAGGAGAACACUAGAACUACUGGAACGACCGCAACCGCGCAAGACACAGUAUCACCCGAGCAGCAAUCAAAGCAGAAUACCGCGGGACUUGGCACAAGUACGACCGUGCAAGACCCGGAAUCGAGCGGUAAGCAGCAGAACAUCGCGGUGGCGUCUGUUAGCGCGACCGUGGCGAGCACCGUGACAGAAUCGACCGGCACUGGGGCACAAGUCCAAAACAACAAUCCAACAGAGCGAACUGUUCAGAAUCCCACCGCUGCCAACAGAAGACUUCCAGUCAAGAAAGGCAAGGAUCUUGAGACUCGCAUCACGAAGAACACUUUCUAUGUGACUCUCGGGUUCUUUCUAUGUAUCCUUCCAUACGGUGUUUAUAUUCUCGGCGGAGGAUGGUUCAGAAUCAAGGGUACACCUUUGGCACAGGCUUUCCUCCUGUUCAACAUCUGCAUGAACCCAGUGAUUUACGGUACGAAGCAUCCACACUUCAGGGUUGCCAUAAGGAAUAUCUUCUCGAGACGAUUGUCAGGUGCACUUGUCACGAGUAACUCCGUCGAUCCUGCUAAUCAUACCCAAGGGAGUACUUGAUCAAUUAUUAACUAUUUGAUUUGCACUUGUCAUAAACCACAAACUUCGUUAUUUGGGUCAUUUUGCACUUUCAAUGGAAAUGCAUUUGAUAUACACUAUAGUUUGGUCGGAAACUGGGUCCCGUGCAACAUGAGAGAACUAAGACCAACAACGGAAAGGAGUGGGGGUGGGUUGACAGACUCCCGUUAGGGUAGAUUCUGA